AUUUGAUGCCAAGUUUGUUCUUCACCGAUUUUAAUUCCUCAUUUUUACAGAAAAUUUCAGGCUAUUACAAAGAUAGGUCAACUUCUCAGUGCAUCGUGCACUUUGGUGUUCUGUCUUUUGCAUUAGCACUUGCAACAAAACGUCAAUUAAAAUGCUCCAUACAGAUGCAGGACAUCAUGUAAAACAAGUCAUUGCGAGUUUCAUUUUUUUUGAGUGGAUAAGUGGAUAUCUCAGCCCCUACGUUGCGCAAUUUUUGCCAGCAUACAAUGCUUUAUCUACAGAAAAGAAAGGGGAAUUUCAUUCAAGGACUUGUUCAACAGCGCAUGCAGUAAUAGUCAGUGUUUUGUGUGUUUAUAUUGUCGUAGCUGAUGAAGAGGCAAAAAAAGAUAUGGUUGAGGGUGAUUCAUGGUUGGCCCGGUCAUGUUUGGCAGUUGCAAUUGGCUAUUUAUUAAUGGAUCUUCGUUACUGCAUAAGAAAUAUUAACAAAGACUUGGGUUCCUUUCUUCAUCAUAUAAGCGCAAUAUAUCCCUAUUCUCUCGUUAUUCUUCUUGGUGUUCUCUCUUAUUAUGCAAACUUUCGAUUAAUGGCAGAAAUAUCAACUCCUUUUGUUAAUAUCAGAUGGUAUUAUGAUGUAACGGGGAGAAAAAAUUCACAGAUAUAUUUUUACAAUGGAUUAUUUCUUGCUGGAACCUUCUUUCUGUUUCGAAUCGCAGUGAUGCCGGUUUAUUAUUAUCUUGUAUAUGCGGCGGUUGGAACAGAGGCAUAUGAUCGGCUUGGAUUGGCUCUACAGUUGUCAUGGAUAAUACCCUGCAUUGUGCUUGACGUUUUAAAUUUUCUCUGGUUCUACAAGAUUAUGAGAGGAGCUAGGAAAGUAAUGAAGAAAAGAAAGUCAAAAUCAGGGUUAAAUGGUCAUUGCCUUUCCACAAUCACAGAGGAGAGCAACGAACAAAAACAAACCAUCAACGAUUCACUUAAACAAGACUAAUGAAUUAUGAAGUUUCUGGUAUUUUUUUUAAUCUAAAUUGAUUACACUACUUACUGCAAUGUUACUUCUAAAUACCAUCCAGAAAGUUAAUUGCCCAUGACUUCUUCUAGUUUUUCGCUCAAAAUAAUUUAUUCAUAGGGCUAUCACCGCCUUAUAUUUUGCAAAGCAUACUUAAUUUGCCACUGCCGCCAUUUAUGAUUUUGGUUCUCUUCUAACAUAUACAUUUACACUGAAUCGUGUGCAAUACAAUACCAGUAUAUACUCGUUAUGUAAGUCAUAAUGUUCUGUAAUAAGAGUUUUUAAAUAUUUGUUAUACAAUUGCGGUACAUGUAUUUAUUUACAAAUAGAUGCAUUCUGAUCAAAGUUAAGUGAUUAUAUAGAUGGCUGAUUUCAGCUUGGAAGUUCCACUUUUUUUUCUGGCGUACUUGUGGUUUGAAUUGUACUCUAUCUUCAGAUGACAAAAAUAUUCUUAAGUUUCUGGCCUUUUAAAAGAAUCUGUCAAGUUCGUAAUUUUUUGUUUGUUUUGAAUUCUUAUUAAGUUACCCAAACUUUUAAAAGUAAUCAUUGUCUUAAAUGAUACCACAUGUAAGCGUAAACGCCACUGUAUUUAAUUUUUUUAGUUUGUUCGCUCAUCUUUAUAUUAUGACCACUAGAGUGUAAAGUGUUUGUUUUCAAGUCCCAUGAUAUUUUUGUGUUGUUUUCAGUAUCUCAAUGUAAUUGUUGAUCUGGAGUUUAUUGUGAAUCUUUGUUAACUUAUUAUGGUACAGGAACAGCCUGGGAAUGCCUAUGAAUUCACAUAAUUAUUUUUUUUUAGUUUGAUUUUCCUCUUGCCUAAUUUCAACUGUGAUGACACUUCCUUGAUUUUAAAAAAAUACUUUAUCAAAGUUAUAUUAGAAGCCUUGCUUUUGAUUGGUAUUGCGGACCUGGUUUUAAUAAUUUACUAUUCUGUCAUAAAUUUACAGAUAUUUAAUCUCCCAGAAUUAUUGCAUGUAGUAUGUAUCAAUUCGACGUUUUCGUGCAAUAAUCUUUUCGGCAGCUCAAAAUAUCUAAUGGUUUUAUGGACAGCAGUUGCUGAUUAUUUAUUAUGUGAAAUUGUUUGAUCUGUUGAUAUUUUUAUUAUACAAUUAAUUUUUUGAUGCAGUACUUAACCUGCAUGAUUCUAAUUCGUAUUGAUAUUAAUAAUAAGUUGUGAGUUUGCUUCUUA